CUCGCAGUGCGGUAAGGAUAAUGGUUCAUUUAAUCGGUUUAGCUUUUGUUUAACGCUUUCAGUUCCAGAAAAAUAGUGGCAGGCAACUGUGGUUGUAAAGAGAUUUCUCUCCCCACUAAGAAGUAAAUAACCAACUCUCCAUCCAUUCUGGAGCCAAGCGGUGAUCACGUAAUAAAAGAAUCUUUUAGAAUCAACAAGUGACCAAAGUAAAGAUUUAAAACGCGUGCAGGUUUGAAAUUUGAAUUAAAAAAAAAGAAGAGGUAACUAGGUCUGAAUUUUAUUUGUUGAACUGGAAUUUUCACUUCGAAUCAUCGUUGAUCUCUCAUAGAACAGCAGCAGUUCAGUCCAUUUCUUCGAGCAGAAUCAGAUCAACUUUCGAUUGUUUUCGAAGUGGGUAACUCCAGUACCCCCGCCACACCAAGUUUCUGACGCCAUUUUCUCUGGAGAGUCACGUGACAUUUUUGACUAUUGAUCCGGACAAAUACAGGCUAGUGGUACGGACAUUCUCACAACGCCUUUGUUCCCUGAGAUUUGAGCUCGCCAACAAGUAAACAGCCCAAGAUGCAGUCCCACGUGAGCAGCAGCCUACUGGCCCUGUGCGUCCUGACGGGCAGCGCAUGCGCAAUGUUCUACACCAAAGGCAGCGACAGCGACUACCCCCGGAUCGGGCGUCGGAGCUUCUACACAACCGGAAACGGAAACCAUUACCCGCGAAUAGGACGACGGGAUUCCCCCGGCGCAGCUGCUGGCACGGACAUUCUUUACCCGAACACGGCUUCAGGGUUUUCCGAUUUCUCGGCAGGCGCUCCGGCGGUGAAGAGAGGGAUUUUCACGCAGUCGGCGUACGGUUCUUACCCGAGGGUAGGACGAAGGAGUCAGGUGGGAGAUGAUGGUUCCCAGGAAGGUCUUCAGACUGCGAGAUCUAAGAUUUUCCAGAAGAUUACGGGGCUGGACGGGCCGGUGGAAGAAGAGCUCGGGGAUGGAUCGGCCGAGAGAUUGGAAGCUGACAACCAGAUUGGGCUUGAGCUCAUGUUCCUCGCCUUUGACCUAGAUGGUGAUCAAGCUUUGUCAAAAUCAGAGUUCCAGUCCGGGAUGGAAAAGUUCCGACGACACAACCCACUUUGCUAACGACAGCACACGCUUUGAUGACGUCAUCUGAGCAUCUAAAGAGGAGGGAUAAGACAGUCAAUACUCUCGAGGAAGAAAAAAACCUCUCUGUGAUUUUGGCGCUCUUGAAAUCUGCACAGCAUAGAAUGGCGACACAGUGGCUAUUAAAUUAAUGGUUAUGAAUGCCUUUACGGGCUGAUCUCUCUGUCCCUAACAGAUUGUAAUUUUUCAAGUAUCUCUGUUUACUAUCUUUGCUUUUUGAAAGAAUAUACAAUGCCUUAAUUACUUAAUUGCAAUGAUUUUGUGGGGAUGCUGAGCGAUAAAUAAACGACCAUCAGUUAUAAACCAGAA